AUGGCCAUGGCACCUCCUACUUCAUCUAAUUUCUUCCCCCAUCUAAUAAUGCCCUCAUCUCUUCUUCCUCCCACCCCCAACCUCCUCUUACCCCCCACCCCCACCCCUACCCGGGCUUCCAAAUCCCCUCAUCAUCAAACCACAACACACCACAACACACAUUCUACACAUCCAAUAAAUCAAUCGAAUACAAGAACAAACAUACCUGAAACAGGUUGCAAAAAAAUGCCCUGUGAGCCGAUCCCCGAAUCCCUGCCAAGAACUCAACUUACAGAGCAGCAGCUGAAACCAAAACAGGACAUGAUGAAGAACAAGAAGAAGGCAAUUAACAACAAGAGAGUAGCCGACGAGAAGAAACCUACGAGCAUGGCGUAUCAGAAGCUUAGGUCAUUGAGCAAAGAGGCCAAGGAAGCUGGAUAUGUACCUGAUACGCGCUACGUGCUCCAUGAUCUCGACCAGGAGGCCAAAGAGAAAGCCCUGCUUUAUCACAGCGAGAGAUUAGCUAUAGCUUACGGCCUCAUCAGCACACCUCCAGGCACCACAUUGCGCGUCAUAAAGAACCUCAGAAUCUGCGGGGACUGCCACAAUUUCAUCAAGAUCUUAUCCAGCUUUGAGAAACGAGAAUUCAUCGUAAGAGAUAAUAAGAGAUUCCAUCAUUUCAAGGAUGGCAAGUGCUCCUGUAGAGACUUUUGGUAGAGAAUUGUUACUUACUCUAACUUACCAGUGGCGUUGUGGCAAGAAAUGUAAAUCCUACUGUGGAAAUAUUGAUUCGCAUAUGUAUAAAACUGAGCCAUAUUCUGUCUAA